ACUUGUCGGUCAGGUGACGGUUACGGAAACGAGGACUUGCGCACUCCCUCCCCUUUAAUUGCCAUCAUCAGGCUCCGAGUCGCCCUCCGUGAACGACUCGCUGAUGGGGACAGAGCUGGGCGGAAACACAGCCGGCAUCGAUGCCCUGGAGGGAGGACUGUCAUCGGAGCAGGGUUCGGUGAUGUGUGGUGGUGGCACGGUGCGGCGGUGGUGCUGUGGUGGCGAGUGCUGGGCCUCCUCAGGGACCCCAGCGACGUGGCCUCCCCCCAGAACCUCGCCCAGAUCUUGAAGCAUUUUUCAGAGCUCAUGGAGACACCGGUGAAGCUGCGCAACAAUUACCAGAGCAUCUCCCUGGACACUCAAAGCAGCCCGGAGCCGCCAGAGCUCAUCCUGCCCCACACACAUGGUGGCUCCUUGCUGCUUCAGGGAGGUGGUCAACGCGCUGGUGGCCGAGUGUGGGCCUGCAACUGGCUUCUUCUCGCUGGGUCUGCCGGGGUCGUCAGUACCCACCCUGGACUCCAUCUUGGCCACCAGCACCGUCACCACCUCCACCGAUGCCAAAGUUGUGAGUCUUCAACUUCACCCACUUGUGCGGGACAGACUCAAGCUUUCACUCUGCCUUUUCACUUUCAUCACGCACCUUCCUUCACAACUCCACCAACACCAAAGAUAUCAGUGGCACCCCAUUCUUACCCCUCUUUUUGACACUUUUUUUUUUUUUUUCCUUGAGCUGUCUCCCUUCCUUGAUGUACUAAAGAAGAAAUCUUAUUCUCUAUUCACUUGUGCCAGAAAGAGACUAAAAGCACUCCAUCUCUUAACUCUUAUAAUGGUUAUUAUUGACCCACUUUACUUACUGCUUACCUCCUCAGCCUCUUAACUUGUAUCUCCCUUCCUGCCAUCAGCAGAGCAGUCCCUCGGUAUUUACUGCCAUACCCACCUGUGCCAGAGACUAAAGGCACACACCCUUUAGUGCUGUUGAGGCUAGCAGCACUCUCCCUCAUAACACCUCCCACCAUCUUCCUUCCUUCCCUUCUCAGCAACCACACCCUUUAGUGCUGUUGAGGCUAGCAGCACUCCUCAUAAGAACAUAAGAACAUAGGGAAACUGCAAGAGGCCGAGUGGCCUA